AUGACUCUCUAUUCUGAGGCUCCAGACCAGCUGCCCUGGACCAGCGUUAAGCCGACCGUCCUGGUAUGCUGGUGGGCCACCCUCUUUUCCACCAUCAUUAUCCUCCUGAGGGUGACGGGCCGUUUUGUCCGCUCCGAGAUGCUCUUCACCGAGGACAAGAUGGCAUUUUUCUGUUUGAUACCCCUUUACGUGCGCAUGGGCCUCGUGCACGCCAUCCUCUUAUACGGCACGAACAAUGUCCAAGUUUCGGGCUUAUUAUUCUCGACAGACGAGUUAUGGAGGAGGAAAAUCGGUAGCGGGUUGGUCCUCGCCAGCCGGAUCUUCUACGCCGCAACUCUCUGGAUGCUAAAGAACACUAUUCUCGAAUUUUUCAAGCGCCUCACGGGACUCACCUGGUCUAAGGCCUAUCAGAGCAGCGUUGUCGCGAUACGCUGCGUCCUAAUCGCCACGUUUGUCGCCGUCUUGAUCAGCGAUCUAGCAGAGUGUCGGCCCUUCAGCCACUACUGGCAGGUCUUUCCUGACCCAGGCGGCCAGUGUCGGCAGGGCUACGCCAACCUAUUCACCAUCGGGGUGUGCAAUGUCCUCACGGACCUGCUCCUCGUUGUGCUCCCGAUCCCCAUCAUCCUCCAGAGUCAGAUGGCCCUGACCCGCAAGAUCCAGCUGAUCCUCCUCUUCUCCAUGUCUCUCCUCCCCGUCAUCGUCACGCUGUAUCGCCUGUCAAGGGUCAUCGAUGACCACGGCGGUCAGCAGCUGCGCUCGCUGCUCGCGUCCAUCGAACUGCUCGUGGCCACGGGCGUCGCCAACGCGCUGGUGUUGGGGUCCUUUGUACGCGACAGGGGCGUCAAGAAGCGGCGGUUCAAGUACGGCUCCGUGGCAGACGAAUCCGCCCACGGCACCGACAGCGACAACAGGUCUAGGCGCCCGACCGUCGCAGAGCGCGCCUGGGGCAGCGAUGAGGAUUUGUUUCGCGACAUCGGCUUCGGCGUGCACUCGGACCUACGGGACAUUGCGGACAUCGAGGCCCUGCCCGCUAGGCCGAUACUGCCGGCGAAACACUUCAACAAUAUGCGAGACUGGAACUUUCCUGAGCACGCAGCUGGGGACGACAGGACCAGGCACGGCAGCCUGCCGCUGUCAGAUGCACCGAGCAGCAGCGGACCCAAAAAGGUGUCCUUCUUCGACGUUGGCGGGCUACUGGACGAUGAGAGUUCCGGCAGCCCCAGCACCGUGCGGAGGCAGAGCACAAUCUCUAGCAAGGGCCCGGCAACGACGACGCCACCCCCAUCAGUCCUACCAGCAGGAGCGAGCGGCUUUAGGAGAGGAUCGCAGGCGUUUCUGCAGGACCUGGGCGGGCUGCUGGGACCAUUCAGGUCAAGCAGCCGAGAUUCUGGGGACUCGGCGACGGAGCUGAGAGAAUUUUCGCCCGCCGUAUCGCCUAAGACCGAGUUCCCUCCGCAAUUAUCGCCUGGAGCUGAGGAGGAGGAGGAGGAGGAGGAGGAGGCGCAGAAAGAGGACCACUACGGAUCCAGCCAGCAACAGCAACAGCACAAGCAGCAGCCACCGCCCUAUGAGGGCUAUGGCAGGCCGAGCGAAGAUGUUGGUGGCGUUGUAAGCCCCUCUUAG